CGGAUCUGCCGCGCGAGCCGAAUCGGCGCACGACUGUGCAUUUGAUUACUCUUACUCCUUAGCGUUACUUCGACCUUUACCCAAAGGAGAAGUUUGGCAUUGGCGAUUGAAGGUUACGUCAUGUGCUGCUAGAAAAAAUCUUCUACAUUUGUUUCGAAAAUAUAGCCGACAAGUUCUAAGAAAUGCUGAACAAUGCAAUUAAUUUUAACAACUGAUGUAGAAACGGGUAUACAGAGUAACAUGUCAACUAUAGAACAGAAAUCUUUGGACCAGAAAUUUGACCAUGCUGCCUUAAUAGAAAAUUUGAUCAAAGAUUACGAAGGUCACAAGGAUGGUGAUGAGAAUACCGAAAAAACUUUAGAUUCGUGUAACGAAACACUAAAAGAUAAUAGCAAUGGGGACGCGACUGGGGAUAAGGAGGUACUAUCAGACGGAGAGGACAUCAUAGCGGAUGAAAGGGUUCAGGUCAAUUCAGAAGAAAACGAAAAUAAAGUUUCUGAACAAUCAGAACAGUUGAAAGAUUUGGAUAACAUUGAGAGCGAUGAGCCGGGAUUGAAUAAUAUUGAAAGUGGCGAUGAAGUGCAAGCAGAGGAAGAAAAUAAUGAUCGAAUAGGAAAUUGUGAUCUCGAAACUGAUGGUGCUCAACCUGAUUCGUGUGAAAAAUCUAACGAUGCAAUUUUAGAAGUACAAAAUAGGGAACAAAAUGGUAAAGCAGUGGUUGAAGACAAUGAGAAACAGGUUACUACUAUAGAAGAACUAAAUGAAAAUCAGGAUGUGGCAAUGGAUGUGGACUCGACGUGUCUGGAUCGAGAUUGUAAAAAUGAAGAUAGUGAAGUCUUUAAUACGAAUGUUACGUCUUAUGAUGAAACUAGUCAUGUCAGCACGGCCAAUGAUGAGAUCAUAAACAUAUCAGACGAGAAAGAAGAAGAUGCAAGGAACUCUGUUGAAAAACAAAACCAUGACCAAAAACCUAUUAACACACACACAGAAAUGAAAUCAAGCGAAUCUGAUGUAUUAUGUGAGCCAAAGAAUGAAUCAGACAUAAAAAUAAUAGAUAAUGCUACUCCUAGCGAACAAAAGACUGGAAUUAUAACUACUAAAGAUGGUGGCAAUUUAAGCGUUAGCCCGGAGAGAAAAAUAUCUACGGAAAAUAGUAGCGAAGAUAAAAAAAAGCUUUCUCAUAUAUGUAAACUUUCCAACACAUUAGAUAUAUUGUCAGACGAGGAGGACGAAAUACCUCAGAGAGAUGAAGAAAAUGAAUCUCAGAAGGAGAGAAUUGGUGAUAGUGACAAGGUCUGUAUUAAUAUAGACGACGAUGAUGAUAUUAUGUUGGUCGAUGACAACACGCCGCUGGUGAACAGAGAACUCGUGGAUGCUUCUAAAGCCGGCGAUGUUAGUGAAACUUGUAAGGAUGAAACAAAAUUAAACAUGACCCAAGAAACGAAAACAUCAACCAUGAAAGAAGAAACUCUAGUAAAAGCAGAAAACACAAUCGAAAAUGAAAGGAAGGAAAGUGAAGAAAAUUCAGAAUUAAAGUCUGCUGUAGAUUGUAAAAAAACAAAGCCUUUGUUACCUACAAAUUUCCUUAAAACAUGUAAGAAGAAUUUAGCAGAUAUGACCCGAGAUGAGCUUGAACAAUUCUGUAUCAUGAAAAUAGUGGAAGGUGUUGUUGAUAGAAGCAAUUUGGCAGAAAUAAAAAAUCAAUUGAAAACAAUGGCUCAGAAUCUUGAUGAAUACAAGAAAAGGACACAAAUGAUAUCAAAACAGAACAGAGAUUUGCAGGUUGUGUUGAAAUCUGUUCAAGAGGAACAGAAGAAGGGUCCAGAUCAUGUCAUUAAUCCAUUGAAAAUUACAAGAUCUGUCGGCAUGCAAGUGCUAAUGACAGAUAAAUGUGCAGCUAGAAGGAAAUCAGUCGCAGGACCAAAUAAUAAUACAAAUAACAAACAGAUUAAAUCACGAUUAAUUAAUAGUAAGAAGACUCAAAUGAUUCCCGUACCUAGGUUGGUGCCGGCGGUCACUACUACUAAUGUAAGCAAUAAGUCACCUACAAAUAAACAAGCUUCUGGGUCAUUCCUUAAUGGAGUAUCUGUUAAGAGUUCACCUCCGGCACCAAAGACUGAGAAAAGGACUCAUAGUAAAAUGCAACAGAAUAAUCCAGAUACAGUGGACCUAACAGAUGAUGAACCACCAAGUAAACAACCCCAGAGAAAUAUUAACCCACCAGUCAGAUUGGUCCCACCACAAAAUUUAAUGGCUACACCAAGACAAACGUUUUCUAGCAAUAUAAAUAGUCCCCGUAAAGUAUAUAUACCAAUAAGUGGUUCACAGACUCAAAGUGUUCGUCCCGGACAAACAUUCAUGCUUAAAGCUAUAUCACCUGCACAAGGUCCUCGGCCAAGAAUGGCAUCGUCACUGAUGUGCAAACAACCAAGUAAUGUUAGAGUUGGAAGACAAUUGACAAGACAUCCUGCACCUUUGCCUGAAUCAACAAAGCAAUUCGAACCACCAAAUUGGAAAUCAUUGCCUCCAGCACCUGAAUUAAAACUAUCCAAAGUUGAAAAUGGUAUUGUUAUUUCAUGGAAGAUUGAUGGAUUUAUAGAGGAAAAUUAUGAAGAAAUAGCAAGUUUUCAACUGUACGCCUAUCAGGAAACCACAUCACCUCCCAAUACAGCUCUAUGGAAAAAAAUUGGUGAUGUGAAGGCACUUCCACUACCUAUGGCUUGCACAUUAACUCAAUUUAUGGCUGGUUAUAAGUACUAUUUUGCUGUUCGGGCUGUAGAUGUCAAAUCCAGAGUAGGUCCUUUCAGUGAACCAGGCAGUAUACUUCUUUUGAAUAAAAUGUAAGACUGAAGAAUAUUAUGUUACUCAUGAGAGCUUGCAGUGUCAUACAUUGCGGCUCUAAUUUGAAUUAGGUGACCUCACAGGUUUUUAUUUAUAUAAUAUGACCUGUUUCUUUUGUUCUCUUAGAAUAAUAAUCUUUUUGUAUCGUUGUUAGUGUUAAAUGUAAAUAUUAUAUAAAUAUAAAUAGUACAGUUAUAGGUGCAUAUUCUUUCCUCUCCGUUUUUGAUAGCUUCGAUUUUUUGUAGCUAUAACGGUAGUCAACAUGAAAAUAAAAUAUAUAA